GCUCAAAUCCAGUUGACACUCAAAUUGAAUAUCAACACACACACACACACACUCGUUAGAUACAGGAUGACGUCAUCACCACCGCGGCUAGAUCUGGACGGAAAUCCGAUCAAUCCGUUAACAAUUUGCAUGAUCGGCGCCGGAGGAUUCAUCGGCUCACAUUUGUGCGAGAAACUGAUGCCAGAAACGAAUCACACUGUGCUAGCAGUUGAUGUUUAUAGUGAUAAGAUCAAGCAUCUUCUCGAACCGGACUCUGUUCCGUGGUCAGGACGCAUUCAGUUCCACCGGAUUAAUAUUAAGAACGAUUCGAGGCUCGAAGGACUUAUUAAAUGCUCCGAUCUGACGGUAAACCUAGCUGCGAUCUGCACACCAGCGGAUUACAAUACCCGUCCUCUUGACACGAUUUACAGCAAUUUCAUCGAUGCGCUCCCCGUGGUUAAGUACUGCUCGGAGAAUAACAAGCGUCUCAUUCACUUUUCCACUUGUGAAGUGUAUGGGAAAACUAUCGGUAGCUUUCUUCCACCUGAUAGCCCCCUUCGACAGGAUCCUGCUUAUUACAUUCUUAAAGAAGAUACUUCCCCUUGCAUUUUUGGUUCAAUUGAGAAACAAAGGUGGUCUUACGCAUGUGCGAAACAGUUAAUUGAGAGGCUCAUCUACGCCGAGGGUGCGGAGAACGGUCUAGAGUUCACCAUCGUAAGGCCUUUCAACUGGAUUGGCCCGAGAAUGGAUUUCAUUCCGGGGAUCGAUGGUCCUAGUGAAGGUGUUCCGAGGGUUCUUGCUUGCUUUAGCAAUAAUCUACUCAGGCGUGAACCUCUGAAGCUUGUGGAUGGUGGUGAAUCACAGAGAACUUUUGUCUAUAUUAAGGAUGCUAUUGAAGCUGUUCAUUUGAUGAUUGAAAAUCCCGCUAGAGCUAAUGGUCACAUCUUCAAUGUGGGUAACCCUAACAACGAAGUUACCGUUAGACAGCUUGCUGAAAUGAUGACCAAGGUAUAUGCAAAGGUAAGUGGAGAAGAUUCGAUAGAGACUCCAACCAUUGACGUAAGUUCCAAAGAAUUUUACGGCGAAGGUUAUGAUGACAGUGACAAGAGAAUUCCAGACAUGACCAUCAUAAACAAACAAUUAGGGUGGAAUCCAAAGACAUCACUAUGGGACUUGCUAGAAUCCACACUAACAUACCAACACCGCACAUACGCUGAAGCGGUCAGGCAAUCCAUUGCAAAACCAGUAGCCAGUUGAAAGUGUGAAAACAAGGUUCCUUUUGAAUGUUUUAAAGCUGUAUGUGCAAUAUUGGUUCAUUUUGUUGUUUGUGUUUCCAUGUCUAAAAGUAGUUGAUACUUGAUAGUUGCUAGGAGACUUGCACCUGUAAUGUGUAGCAAUAAAAAGGGAGUCUCCUUUUAUCAUGAGUUUUCCACCACCAAAGAAUUGGCUUUCGAGCUCGGUUUUGCUUUUCGUUUGUUAUCUUUCGCUAGCUCGGCAGCAUUUUAAUAAAUUAUUGUUGUAUGUGUAAUUUAUGGUAUGAAUGUCAAGAAAUUGGUUAUGGCA